AUGGUUCUCCACAAUCCAAACAACUGGCACUGGGUAAACAAGGAUGUCAGCCCAUGGGCGAAGGACUACCUCACCAAGGAGGUGCUCGAGAUCACCGCUGAGGAAGAUGGCGUCAGCGCGAAGGUGGACAGCCUCAUGAGCAUGGAUGGCGACGUGGAUGUGAGCCAGCGCAAGGGCAAGGUUAUAACAAUAUUCGAUGUCAAGUUGAAGCUUGAAUACAAAGGCAAGAACAAGGAAGGCGAAGAGGCCAGCGGCACCAUUACUGUCCCCGAAGUGGCACACGACACGGAGGAAGACGAGUAUGUCUUUGAGAUAGACAUCUAUUCGGAAGACAAGAGCAAGCAGCCUGUCAAAGACCUCGUUCGAUCAAAGAUCGUGCCACAACUGCGAAAGAGCUUUGCCAAGCUCGGACCAGCCCUCAUUGAAGAGCACGGCAAGGAUAUCCAGCACGCACCUGGAUCCAACCCGGCGAGCGGAUUCUCAACGCCCAAGACCUACUCCAACUCCGGCAUCAACAAGUCAGAAUCGAAGUCUGCAACGUCUGCCACAUCAAAGAGUGGCGGAUCAUUGGUUAACACCACAACGAUCAAUGACAGCACCGAAUUCCGCACCACAGCUGAGGAGCUUUACAAAACUUUCACUGAGCCUGAUAGAAUAGCUGCCUUCACCCGGUCACCACCCAAGAACUGGUCUGGCGCUCAGCCGGGCGGCACUUUCGAGUUGUUUGGCGGAAACGUCUCAGGAGAGUUCACGGAGCUCGAGAAGCCCACGCACAUCGUCCAGAAAUGGCGUCUUGCGCAGUGGCCUGCCGGUCACUAUUCCACCCUGUCCAUCUGGUUCGACCAGAACGAUGUUGACGCGGUCACCGUGAUGCGAGUGGAAUGGAAGGGCGUGCCUGUCGGUCAAGAGGAGCCGACGAAAGGCAACUGGGGCGAGUACUACGUCCGGAGCAUCAAGACCACGUUUGGUUUCGGUACCGUGCUAUAG